GUGACCUGCUGUGCAGCGCACGCGUCUCCCAGCUCGGGCCGCCACGAUGCCCAAGCGGAAGGUUAGCGCGGAUGGAGCGGCGAAGGCGGAGCCCAAGCGCCGCUCCGCGAGGCUGUCGGCCAAGCCCGCCCCUGCCAAGGUGGAGGCGAAGCCGAAGAAGGCCGCGGGAAAGGAUAAAUCGUCAGACAAAAAAGUGCAGGCAAAAGGGAGGAGAGGAGCAAAGGGCAAACAGACGGAAGAGGCUGACCAGCGAGCUGCAGCGCCGCCUGCGGAGAACGGAGAGACGGAGAGCCAGAGUCCAGCCUCUGAGGUAGAAGAGAAAGAAGCCAAGUCCGACUAAUGAUCCAUCGUGUCUGUCAGUGGUCCCUGCCUCCCUUCUUGUACAAUCCAGAGGAAUAUUUUUAUCAACUAUUUUGUAAAUGCGAGUUUUUUAGUAGCUCUAGAAACAUUUUUAAGAGGUGGGGGAAUCCUACCUCAUCCCAUUUUUUAAGUGUAAAUGAUUUUUUUAAGAGGUUAAAUCAUUCUGCUGGUUGUUUAUUUUUUGGUACAACCAGAAAACAGCAGGAUACUAAAUCAGGAGAGGCUGUGACUGUCUCGGGGGUCACCAUAACAUUCCGUAGAGGGGCUAGUUUUAUAUCCUACCGCACAGCGUGCUAAACGGCAAUUUGGAGUCUCAGUCGUGCAUUCGUGUCUGGAAUAUUAAUAUUUUCAGUUAGAUCUGGUCUCCUGUUCCUAGUAGAGCUGUUUCCUAAGAAAACCACUCCUUGGUCCUUGCCCUGUCAGAACUGUAACGUCUCUGGUCAUGGCAGUCCAUUUUUCUAAUAAUUGUGAUAAUGUGCUGUGAAAGGUCGAAAUUUUGAGUAUUUACUGUUUGUGGGAUAAAAUUGUGAGUCAGUGGAAUUGAGGAUUGUGAGCAUUUGAUUGUUAUGUGGGUCUUAAGGAAAACCUGUCAAAUUUGAGUCUGGAACGUUAGUAGAACAAGUUCCAAGAGAGAACUCAGUGGCUUUUCAUGUGGGUACAUGAACACACUAUGUGACUUCAGAGUCUAGGUACUUUUGUUACGAAUUGAAAUGUCUGUAUCUGUUCCUCAGCCAA